GUUCACCUACAUGUACCACCCACCCACAACCACACUACCUACGCCCUUGCCACCACAGCCGUUCCGUUCAACGCACGAUUCGAGCCUCGCUAUGCCCCACGACCCCGAUCUCCGACAACGCCAUCACCUACUCCUCCGCGAGACAGUAAGACAUAAGAAGUUGCGAGUGGUGGAUGUGCAUAUGAAGCCCGCCAGUCAAUGCGGACUCUAAUCGGAGACAGCCUCUCCGUUCUUGCGAGAAGCAUCCAAGGUAUAUUCACAGGAACUCACGACGAAGCCUCGUCUGCAAUUCUCACUUCACAUUCUGAUGAGCGAGCUCAACGGAACGUCCCCGCGCGGCCGCCAAGCGUCGUGGAAGUGCCAGUACUGACACCGCCCUGGACAGCUCAGAGGGUUCAAGACAAGGAGGAGUUGAUUGUAGAAAGAACGAGCAAGAAAAGACGGGUUGAAACUCCUGCAAACCCUCUAAACCGCCCAUACAGAGCUCAAGAAGAUUGGAAACCAGAUCACGAAGAGGAGAGGAGAAUGGGGACACAGGGUAAGCCUCAAGGGGUUAAACCAACAAACACUCUCAACCAGCCUUUUGUGCAUAGUGCCCGUCGGUUACAGGUCCAUGCGGGCUCUGGCCGUCACACGAAUAGCGCUCAAUAUGCGACAAAGCAACAGCAGCUCCCUCUACAUGGUAGCAGGGGAAGAGAUGCCGCCAAGCGAAGCUACGGUGUGGAUGAUCCCGUAUCCGAGCAGCCUGCAUUGAAGAGGACCAAAGUAACGCCUGGCCUAGUCGAUCUUACCGGAGACGAGGGUCAAGAUGGACUAGACCCAGACCAAGGUCGACCCAUACCUCGUAGGCAAGUUGACCGGGGGUCUGCAAGCCAGCAAUCCUUCACUGAACAGUCUGAAAGGUUGGCGAAGAGACAGAAACAUGGCGGUGACGCCUUUGGCAACACUGAACUUUUCGACGCAGAUGCAGGUCUCACUUUCAACAUGCGUCAAAAGUCGCGCGAGGGUGGUGAUUCAAAAUUUGGAGCUGCCUUUUCACGACCGCGGACUUCCCAGAAACGGCCUCAAAACGAGCAAGACGAAUUGCAAAGCGGGCCUGCUUGGCAAUCAACGGACGUUCAGAGCAUCCACGCUUCUGCAUCGAAACAAGAAAGCACCGCUACACCGCAAUCUCAUUCAACGCGGACGCAGUGGGGAACAACGGCACCCAUAGAUUUGAUGAAAGGCGUGAACGCAGCUGGUCAAGACCAAAUGCGCAAGAAGCGAAGUUAUGAACUGGGCAGCGCCGCGGACCUGAACCAUGUCAAUCGCGUCUUUCUAGAGCACGGACAGAAGAGUUCUAAAGCCACUCCGGCGUCCAGUAUGCCUCGUGGACCUGGACGACGCACGAUACCGCAGGAUGCAAUGCCCUCAGGCUAUCCAAGGGGCAAAGGCAUUGCAUCAGCCUCGAGAGACCAAUACCCAUCUUCUUCCGCCAUGAAGCUGCGGCACAAGUUCAAGCGCGAUGUAGAGGAGAUUGAAGACGAUGAAGAACCAAGAUCGUCAGCAGUGCAGCCUACCUCGAGUCGACCACAAACCCGAGACCCUAGCCCGGACGUGCUUGAAGGUCAGACAACUGUAGUGUCUCAGAAAUGCCGCGCUGCACUGUCACCUCAAAAUUCGGUCGCCUUGAGACUGAAUAAGAAGGAUCCGGAGUCCGUGGCUUCGGCUUCUGACCUCAGGCAGACCAACUUCAAGCGGUCAGAGCGACGCAGUACCUUGACCCGCAAGCAAGAACCUGACAUCUGGCAAAUCACCGAAAAUGAGGAUGGUGAUAAACGCAUAGCCAUCAACCGAAUUGCUUGCAAGGCAAUUUCCUCCGAUCGAGAUCGACUGGCUUUACUCUGGCGACCUGACUCAAAAGAUUUUGUCUUAGUUGUGGGUGAGGAAUUAAUGUCGUCCCCACUGACUGGUAAAAAUGUCUCUAUUGGCGAAUCAGCAGUGUCGCAGUCCUGGACGGGACACGACGAGAGCACGAAGGUAGUGCUGAAAGGGUCUGCGAGUCAGAGUAGUAACGGCAAAAUCGUAGUGGAAUUUGCUAACCUGGAUGAAAAACAGCGCUGCUACAGCGAACUUUUGCAGAGCUUUCCAGGAAUGGCCACAAAUCAAGAAUAUUUGGAGCGCCUGGACAAAGUCUUCGCCAACACUUACGAGAUGGAAAAGGGCGCGCAUGAAAAGAGUAUGCAAGCUAAGCAACUGGAAAUCAACGAACGGCGUAAGCAGGAACACAAACAUCAACAGAUUGAAGAUGAUGAAAUAAUUUACGAAAACCACCCUCUUCGACUGCAGCGGCAGAAGCUGAUCAGCCGUAUGCAAGGCGUGAUGUCGUCGGAAGCCAACGCGGCUCCUCGAUUGAAGCACAGCAAGCCUAGUGAGAUGUUGCAACGACGCAGUGCAGCACUGCAGAGCAAUGGCCGCCAUACCAUCGACGAACAAAAUGGGACACUCGCACAGAUUGUGCAGCGAGAAGAGAUACUGGCUUCACGGCCCCGCACUCGCUUGCAAGAGUCCGAAACAGCAGCAGUUCUUCUUCCCAGUGGGGCAUCUCGCAGGUCAACUCGACAAACAAAGCCCCGGGAGCAGUACCGCGAACUUUCGCCGGAAGUUGUAAAGCAUACGCAAGUCCAUGGCCUUCCCAAAUGGGCCAAGCCGAUCGUAUAUCCGAAGGAGGGCGCACGUCGCGUCACCAUUGAUGCUGGCGACAUCUUACACCUGGACGCUGGUGAAUUCCUCAACGACAACAUCGUCAACUACGCUCUUCGAGACAUCGAGGAAAAUAUGCAUCCUCCACACAAAGACCGAGUUCACUUCUUCAACACUUUCUUUUACACUUCUCUGACCGCCAAGACUGGUAAAAGGGGCAUCAACUAUGAUGCCGUGAAGAAGUGGACGAAAAACGUGGAUCUACUGUCGAAGCCGUACGUGGUCGUGCCGAUCAACCUUGACCUCCACUGGUUUGUGGUUAUCGUAUACAAUCUACCGGCUGUGAAACGCAAGAUGAUGGACUCAGACGCUGUUGAACCACCCACCGAGGACCUCACGCUAUCGGAUAGUGAUGUUAUGCCGGAGAAAGCUGAUGGCACGCGGUCCAGGCUCGCGAAACUAGCUUUGACUGACGGUCUUGACCGCACCGAAGGUGGGUACACUUCGGGAGAUGGUGAGGUCGUGGAGAUAGGCGGUUCAGACAAGCUUGACAGCAGACCAAUUACCGUCAAGGGAAGGAAGCGCAAGAGAAAGCGAAUCAUGCCAGUCAGAAAAGACACCGCCAAUCAAACCAUGAUCAUCUCCCUGGACUCCUUUGGGAUGACCCGAAGCAACGAACUGAGACAAAUCAAGCAGUACAUCAUUGAUGAAGCCCGAGAGAAACGCCGGAUUGACGUUUGCAUUGAUGACUUGCAUGGCGUGAAUGCCAAAGGUAUUCCUCAGCAAAACAACUUCUAUGAUUGUGGCGUGUAUUUGAUUGGUUAUAUGAGGGAAUUCGCAAAAGACCCUGAUCGCUUUGUGAAGAGGAUAUUGGGUCGAGAGCUUGACGACAGCGACUUUCAAGAGUUUGACACGUCAAUUAUGCGAAAAGAGAUCCGAGAGAAGCUGCUUGAGUAUGGCAAUGCGGAAGAUCGCCAGUACAGGGACGAGAAAAUGGCACGACGGGUUGGCAGAGUUUCAGCCAGCAAUGCAGCAGAAGUUGAACAGCAACCCAUGUCAAGUCAGCCGACCCGUCACAAUCCCUCUGCAAUCAAGAUCGGCGGGCGCCACAACAGUCCGCUCGCGCAGGCAGCGCUUCAUAUCCCAACGGAAGCCCCGCGCAGUCCUGAUCUUACCAAACUGCCUACAUCUUCAAUAUUCCCAGAGAAUCCGUAUUCACGCUGCGAGACACCUAGAGAGGCUAUGGACAGUGACGCCGAGAUGCUGAUGACAUACAAUACACCGGAUGCGGACAACACGCCACGCACUUCACAGCUUAGCCUGCAGUCCAGCCCUCACAAGGACCUCAAUGGACAUCCAGCGACCUCGCCUGUGGCCAGUGUUUAUCCUGGCAACGCAAACUUCCCCAUUGGUGGAUCGUGCGAGACUGGGAUCAAGGUGGAAGACGAAGUCAAGGGUGAAGAUGCCGCUGUCAAAAACGAGGGUUAUAUGCAGGAAGCAAGAAGCAAGCUCGGAAGCGGAGAGGCUUUUGAUGUGGAAUCCACGAGCGAGUCGGAUGAGUCCGAUAAAAAAUUUCUGAUGACUCGAUUCAACGAUGUUGGUGACGAGGGCGACCAGAAUCUCUUGGACGAUCAUUCCUCUGACGAACGUUACUCCGACGACUUCCAAGGCUUUGAUGAUAAAGAGCAGUUGAUCGAAAUUCCAGACUCGCAGGAGGUGCAGUAGAGUCAAUCACUGACUGGUACAUACGUGGUAUUCUCAUGCAAGCUCAUGGAGGCGACGGGAGCACUAUAAUCGAAUGGUGGCAAAUGUCGAAGUGCAAUUUUGGAGGGGCGGACACGAGUGUAGAUUCAUAAGUCGAUAGCAUGGGCGUGAGACAUGAAGCUUCUUCAAGGUCUCAUGAGCACCAAUCUGUCACCCGUCUACCUUGGUCUUACCACCUGUGAUAUGCAACGCAUCUAUCCACUGACGAUCUAUCCCACUAUCCCAAGCGCCACGCUAAAGCCAAGAUCUUUUUCCCCAUUGCAAUGGUAUACUAAUUCAAGUCCUUCUUAUUCUGCUCCUCCAACAACGCAUCUGUAAUAUACCCUCCACUCCCCCGUCCUCCCGUCCCAUCAUCAUCAUUCCUCUCGGUAGCAGCAGCAGCAGCGACAAGUUCAUCGACCUCUGCGUAUUCGGCAUCUCCUGCAGAUCCUACCCAUUUGUGCUGUUUCUCGCGCACGAAUUCUGCAAAAUCCCAUUCCCGAUUUUCGAGGCGGGAGGGGUGGGAUGUCCAGAUGUAGGUUUCGCAGGGGAGGAGGUGUUCUUCUUUUUCUUCUUUUUCUCCUGUUUCGGCACUUAGUUUUGAGUUUCCUCCCUCUCCACUACUGUUCUUCUUCUCAUCCCCUUCUUCCUGGAGCAGGCGGAUAGACACUUUCUGUCGAGUGUACUCGUCCCCCUCGAAUGUAUCGAGGCGACUAAUGUCCGAUGCGGUGAGUCCCGUCACGUAGACUCCGCGCACACUUUCGCCGUCGGAGGGAAUGACGCCGGGGUAGUCUGCGAAUACGACGCGUUUUCGAAUGUGGUUGGGGAGUAUUGCUGGGUAUGUCUUGAAGUUGUGGGUGGAGUAGUGAGGAUUGGAGGGAUUCCAGGGAAGGGGGCCGUGACAGACACGGUGGAGGACGGCUGGGGCCAUGAGCGUUCCGUAGAAGAAGGCUGCUCUGCCUUGUUCUUGCGGAGAGGCGGCGGGAGGAGUUGUCACGUUGGCAGUCUCUGGCGAUGUGGUGGCCAUGAUGAGUGUCGUUGCGGAGCUGUUAUUGUGGUCUAGAUGAACAGAUCCAAAGGGGAUUCGAAAGCUCCUUAUACUCUUCUUACUUGCUUGCUUGUUACUCCAAAUAUUGUUCAACUUCUAGCCUUUUCUUGCAGUUUCUUGCAGUGUCUCGGUCUUUGUUUGGUGUCCAGAGUGGUCGGUGCUCGGCGUCGUAGACUUGGAGAUAGAUUUUCUCUUCGACCAGAUGAAAGAACCACAAGAUGGAUAUUGUCCUGCGCUCCCCGACCCUGUCACCGUAGUCUUUGCCGUUGUUCUCGUCGUUGCCGUCGUCGUCG